AUGAGACUUGCUUCGAAAGUCGGCGGCCUUGUUUGGCUCGCCGCCUCGCUGGGCGGGUUGCAGGGCGCUUCGGCGCAGGAUGUGGUUGACUGGCCGAUCCACGAUAACGGCCUCAACCAAGUCGUCCAAUGGGACCACCACAGCUAUAUCGUGAACGGCGAGAGACUCUUUGUCUUCUCUGGCGAGUUUCAUUACUGGCGUAUACCCGUUCCUGAACUCUGGCGAGACCUCCUCGAGAAGGUCAAGGCGGCUGGCUUCAAUGCGUUUUCCAUCUACAACCACUGGGGCUACCACAACCCCACACCCGGCGUUCUGGACUUCGACACGGGGGCUCACAACUUCACCUCCAUCAUGACCGUCGCCAAGGAGCUCGGCAUCUACCUCAUCAUCAGACCCGGGCCCUACGUCAACGCGGAAACCAACGCCGGCGGGUUGCCCCUCUGGCUCACGACCGGCGCCCACGGUUCUCUGCGGAAUGACGACCCCAGGUACACCGAGGCCUGGACGCCGUACUGGUCCGAGAUCUCCAAGCUCAUCACCCCCCAUCUGGUCACCAACGGCGGCAACGUUCUCAUGUUCCAGAUCGAGAACGAGCUCAACGGGCAGUGGAAGGACAUCCCCGACAGAGUGCUCAACCCGCCCAUCGCCAACUACAUGCAGCUCCUCCAGGACGCCGCGCGCGAGAACGGCAUCGACGUCCCUCUGGCCCACAACGCGCCCAACAUGCGAGGCUUCUCCUGGUCCAAGGACUUUUCCAACGCUACUGGAAACGUCGACGUCGUCGGCGUGGAUAGUUACCCUUCUUGCUGGAGUUGCAACUUGAGCGAGUGUACGGGUACCAACGGGCAGUACACCCCCUACUUGACCCAGGACUACUACACCUCACAACCAAACUUCCUGCCAGAGUUCCAAGGAGGCUCGUACAACCCCUGGGGCGGACCCGAGGGGGGUUGCCCCGCCGACAUCGGUGCCGACUUCGCCAACAUGUUCUACCGCGAUCUCAUCUACCAGAGGGUCACUGCUAUAUCCCUCUACAUGAUGUUCGGCGGAACCAACUGGGGAUGGCUUGCCUGCCCUGUUGUUGCAUCGAGUUACGACUACUCUUCUCCGGUGUCCGAGAACAGAAUCAUCGGCAACAAGUUCUACGAGACGAAGCUGCUGACCCUAUUCACCAGAGUGGCCAAGGACUUGACAAAGACGGAGAGGGUGGGAAACGGCACUGGCUACACAACCAACACGGCAAUCAGCACAUCCGAGCUUCGCAACGUCGACAACGAUGCUGCAUUCUACGUUGUCCGCCACGCAUAUACGCCGUCCAACACGAACGAGGCCUUCAAGCUCUCGGUCAAGACCUCCCAGGGGUCCUUCACUAUCCCUCAGCACGGCAGCUCCGUCGCCAUCAACGGCCACCAGGCCAAGGUGCUCGUCACGGACUUUGCGUUCGGCGAGAAGACGCUGCUGUACUCCACCGCCGAGGUCCUGAGCUACACCGUCCUCGACGGCCGUGAGGUCGUUGCCUUUUGGCUCCCUGAGGGCGAGUCCGGCGAGUUCACCGUGACCGGCGUCAACUCUGCCGAGAUCGUCCGAGACGCCAACGUCGCCGACUUCAACGUCUACCCGGGCGAGGCCAACGUCACCGUCGCGUACACCCAGAAGAAGGGAAUCACCUCGGUGGCUCUCGGCGACGGAUCCCGCGCCCUUCUCCUGGACCGCAGCGCCGCCUACCUCUUCUGGGUCCCGACUCUCGACAACAACCCUCUGGCCCCGGUCAACAACACCGUUUUCGUCCAAGGCCCGUACCUGGUCCGAUCCGCCUCUUUUGACGAGGCCAGUCGCAGCUUGGCCCUUUCCGGGGACGCUGAUAAGGAGACGACCAUGACCGUUUUCGCUCCCGCCUCCCUUUCCUCCAUAACCUGGAACGGCAAGAAGGUCGAGAUCAUCUCGAGAGACGGAAACGCCUUCACGGCCAAGAUCGAGGGCCCCGUGAAGUUCGAGGUCCCUCCUCUGGGCCCUUGGAAGGUUCAUGACAGCCUGCCCGAGAUUGCGGGACAUUACGAGGCCACCUCCGACAGCUGGGUUGUUGCCGACAAGACCAACACUUCCAACACGGUCAAGCCGGCCUCCAACAACCCCGUCCUCUACGUCGACGAGUACGACAUCCACGUCGGCAACCACAUCUACCGCGCCACGUUCCCGGCCAGCGACAACGCCCCGACCGGCGUCUUCCUCAACCUGACUGGCGGCCUGGCCUUCGGUUACUCCGUCUGGCUGAACUCGGACUAUAUCGGCUCCUACCUCGGCCUCUCCUACCUCGGAGCCGACGCGCGCGAGUUCUCUUUCGAGAACGCCACCCUCGCCGAGAGCGGGGACAACGUCCUGGUUGUGGUCAUGGACAACUCGGGCCACGACCUGCGCGAGGCCGCCCUCGCCCCCCGCGGCAUCUCCAACGCGACCCUCCUCGGCCCCGGCGCCGGGGACUACAGGUUCUCCGGGUGGAAGAUCGCCGGCACCGCGGGCCGCAACGACCUGAUCGAUGCCGUCCGCGGCCCCAUCAACGAGGGCGGUCUGUAUGCCGAGCGCGUGGGGGCCCACCUCCCCGGCUACCCCGACGACGACUGGGAGCCGUUCGCCUCCUCCGCCGACGGCGCCCUCUCCGUCCCCGACGCCGGCAUCCGCGUCUUCCGCGCCGUCGUGCCUCUGGACGUCCCCGCCGGCCUCGACGUCUCCAUCUCGUUCCGCUUCGGCGCCGCGUCGGACGACAGCAACCGCCUGCGCGCCCUCCUCUUCGUCAACGGGUACCAGUACGGCCGGUACAGCCCGUACAUCGGCAACCAGGUCCACUUCCCCGUCCCGGCGGGCAUCCUCAACUACAGCGGGGACAACACGAUCGCCGUCACCGUGUGGAGCCAGGCCGCCGAGGGCGCCGAGCUGACGAUCGGGUGGCAGGUGGACUACGUCCACACUUCGAGCUUCGACAUGGGCUUCGACAGUAAGUCGUUGAGGCCCGGAUGGGGCGAGAGCCGUCUGGCAUUCGCGUAG